AUGUCGACGUUAGUACCUCAGAUCAAGGUGGCCACGCCGACAGCUCCGCCGAUUCCACAACGCAAGGACAAUCCUGCAGUUGCCAGAUUCUCGCUCACUGGGAAGGUUGCUAUUGUUACUGGUGGAGCGGGAGGUCUAGGGUUUGAGGCUGCGCGAGCACUCCUAGAACACGAUGUUUCUGGCCUCGCCCUCUUUGACAUCAACCACGAUGCGGGUCUCCAGGCCGUCGACCAGCUGAAGUCUGCAUUCCCGGAAGCCAAUGUGAUGUUCCGGCUCGUUAAUGUUACGGAUGCGGCACUUGUCAACGCAGCUGUAAACGUGGUGGCGGAGGUAUUGGGCAGUGUGGAUAUCCUACUUGCGUUCGCGGGAAUCGUUGGGUGUGUUCAUGCGGAGGACAUGACGGUGGAGCAAUGGAAUAGGAUAUUGGAGGUUAAUCUCACCGGCUCGUUCCUUUGUGCCCAGGCUGUUGGAAAAAAAAUGAUAGAACGGGGCACAGGUGGAUCCAUAGUCCUAAUUGCCUCAAUAUCAGGCCAUACGACAAACUUCCCGCAGCCGCAGGUCAGCUACAAUGUAUCAAAGGCAGGCGUGAUAAUGACGGCGAAAAGCCUCGCCGCCGAGUGGGGGCAAUAUAGGAUCCGCGUGAACACCAUCUCCCCGGGCUACAUGGACACGGUAUUGAACGAGGGGAAAGGAUUGGACGGACACAAGGCUCAAUGGUAUUCCAGAACGCCAUUGGGACGCAUGGGCGGGAAAGACGAGCUUAAUGGGGCUGUUGUUUUACUCUGCAGCGAAGCUGGUUCGUUCAUUACUGGCACGGAUAUCAAAGUUGACGGCGGAAUCACCACAUUUUAG